AUGAUGACUGAGACAAGUCCUUCGUCGACAGACAACUCCGCUCCUACUACGACCCCACCUGUUGCCGCGGACUUACUAGCUCGAGCGCCUAUCAAAAGAGCUAGACCGCAGCUCAGUUGUACCCCAUGCCGGCAAGGAAAACUGAAAUGCAACCGUGAACAUCCAAUCUGCGACCAGUGUGCGAAGCGCUCGAGACAAGAAGCAUGCCUAUAUGUUCCUCCACCGCCACGGAAUAAGCAGGCCCAGAACAUGCGGGGUCGCAUCCGGAAUUUGGAGAGCCUCGUCGUCAACUUAAUCAAUCAGAAACAGCAGGAGAAUGACGAAGCCACUGCCACUGUUCCAAGCGUCGAACCUCCUGCUGCCAAAGAGACGGAGCUUAGUCCAGAGACAUUCGGCCAGCUACGCAUCAGCAACCAGGGGAAUGAGACGUACGUGGGAGCUGGGCAUUGGUCGGCUCUAUUGAAAGAGAUUGAAGAAGUAAAAAACAGUAUAGAUGAUGAUGGAGAUGAGGACCAAGAGGAAGAAUGGGACGAUAACGCUGCUCGCUCUACAGUGACAUUUGGCAUGCCCAGACACAUUACGAAAACGCAGCUUAUACAAGAGAUGCCAUCGAAGGAGGAAUGCGACCGGCUGCUUCCUCUGUGGUUCAAUAGUGCUGAUCCACUCUUAUUCAUCAUACACGCGCCGACUUUCCAGGAAGAGUACAAUCAAUUUUGGCUUGAUGCUUCUUCAACUUCUGUGAUGUGGAUCGCUUUGCUCUACUCGGCGAUGGCUUUGGGAAUUAUAUUGGGACCUCGAAACCCAGGAAUGAAUGCCCAUGCCGCUGCGUACGACCGCUCAUCAGGAUCGGCCUAUGACGGGACGGACCCAAAUGAUUUUUUAAACAGCUCCGUAAACAGAUUCCAACAACUGGCUUCCUCCGCAAUGGUCCUCGCAGACGUUACGAAGACCCAGCCCUACACGCUUGAAACCUUGAUGAUCUACGGCGAGUGUGAGUUUCUGCGGAGGGAUGACCAUCACUCGAAGAUCUGGUUGAUGAACGGAGUUUCCAUGCGUGUUGCAAUGCGCAUGGGCUAUCAUCGCGACCCAAGCAACUUCAAAGGCAUGUCACCCUUUCAAGGAGAGAUGCGCCGGCGAGUGUGGCACGUGUUGAACAUGAUGGACACACUUAUCUCAUUCGCCAUUGGCCUACCGGCUGUCGUCCGCCGCAUAGAGAGCGACACGCGAUCGCCCCAGAACCUUUACGACGCAGAUCUAUCGCCAAGUAUGACGGAGGUGCCAAAAGCGCGACCGUCGUCCGAAAUCACGCCAGCUACGUAUACCAUCGCGAAAGCCAAAAUCUGCGCAAUAUUUGCAGAGGCGGCGGAGCUGGCGCAGCGAAUCACCCCUCCACGAUAUGCGACCAUCGUCUCCCUCGAAAAGCGCCUCGAGCAAGCCCACAGCGAGGUUCCGGAAGGAAUGCGCGUCCGUCCCGUGCAAGACUGUGUUACUGAUGCUCCGGUGCUCAUCAUGGGCCGCUACAAUAUUGAAUUGCUAUACCUAAAGACAAAGCUUGUUUUGCAUCGCACGUUCAUCACGGCUGGCCAGACUGACCCAAAAUAUGCGGAGUCGCGCAAGAUCUGUGUGGAGUCUGCAAUGGAGAUUCUUCGAUAUCAUAUUACUAUUUUCCAUGCUUGCCAACCAGGCGGGCAGCUGAACAAGGUUUGGUGGUACAUGUCUUCGCUGCAAACCUUUGAUUUCCUACUUGCAGCAAUGGUCAUCUGCCUCGAACUAAAUUACCUACGAAACACUGACGCAUCAUCAUCGGAGAAGGUCACGGACAUGCUUUCCCUGCUGGAGGGUACUUAUGAUAUCUGGGCAAACCAUCCCAACCGCUUCAGGGACUGUGUUCGAGGAGCUGAGAUUCUUCGAGCCAUGCUGAAGAAGUGCUCUUCACCUGGACAAACUCCGCUUGUGCUGCAAGACCCAAUUCCAAACGGCUUCGAGAAGAACAUCUCUAGCCUCCCCAAGGAGAUGACACCCGAGUCUCUACCUGAGGAACUUCCACCGCAGAUUUGGAACAAUUGGCCAUCAACUGACAACACGAACGAAAUGGCCUUCGAUAUGCCAGGCAUCGCAUCCGAGAUUGACUGGACUUUAUGGGAUUCUACAAUGAUGGGUCAAGAUCAUAUGUUACCGCCAACCAAUUGGGCUCAUUCGAACAACACCACGAUGGAGAGCUGGAUGGGAGCGGCAUCCAACGUUGAUCAAAUGAUUGCGCAGGGCAUGGAAGGAUUCACCGACUUACGCGACCCUCUCAACAUCUAUGGUCCUAGUGCUUUCGCUCCCGCCCCUCCUCCACCGCCAAGUACCAAUAGUUGA